UUACUUCCCAACACUGGCCACAAAGCGUAAACAACUACGGGCAUACUAAACUUGCAUGAAUUUCUGGACAGGAUCGCGCGGAGGAGCAAAAGGAGCCACCGGAUCAGGAUAGAGAAGCCAUCAUGGCACCACCACCGCCACCGCCGACCAGCAAUCAGCAGCCACCACCACAGCAGACGGCUGCACCUCCUCCACCGCCAACGGGGCAAAACAUAGCGCCAUCGGGCGCCUUUCCAGGCUCACUGACACCCGGCUGGAACGAUCCGCCACCAAUCUCGGCGGAUGCCCUGACCAACAACGCGAACAACCGACGGCCACGCCUCGACCUCCGGAAGCGCGUGGCCCACCCGCUGGACGGGUUGUCCGGACUGUCCGGCGGCCUGGUAGCUCCACUCACGGAAGCCACGGCCUCACCACGUCCCGUGGCCAUGGUGCCGCCCCAGCGCCAGAUUCCCUGUCCCGAUCCCAACAGCACGGCUGGCGGAACAGCGGAUGCGGGCGGAUUCGGAGGAUCCAAUGCCAAUCCCAUGCGGUUGCCACCCUUGGCCCAGGCCAUAGGCAUUGAUCCCUCCAAGGUUCCGGUGGCCAUGGUGCCGCCGCGGCAGAAAUAGCACGUACUAGAUAGCCCCACAUGACGGGCAUACAUAGGUUAAGGAACUGCAAAUCACUGUGUUCUCUCGGGCGGCCUGGAAACCUAUAUUUUUCUAUGUUAUCCACUUAAGACACCUCACGAAAUACAAAUGCUGAUGGAUGGGGCUGCUGGAGACCCCAAAACUUGAGAA